AUGCGUUUCACAAUUUGCAUUACUCGACAAUUUUUGGGUAACAGUGAAUUUUCAGCAUUUUUUAGACGUGAAUUUUGUUAUAAACUAAGGAAGAAAAACGAAAAUGACUAAUAGCGCGGAAACUGCAGGACAGGAUGUUGAAAUGGAGGUUGAGCCCUCUGGGGAAAAUUCUGGUGAUAUGAAGAAAGAUCAAGGCGUCUCAACUAUCAUAGAAGUGCGUGAGCAAAUACGCCAAAUCGAAAGAGCCGUAGCCUCAAAAGAAUCUCGGUUCAUUUUGAGAGUCCUUCGGUCUCUCCCAAACACACGUCGAAAGCUUAGUGCUGUUAUUUUCCGUAACCUUAUUCAAUCUAUAUAUCCAGCCGGUGCUGAACGUGAAGCUACUCUUAGUCUGAUACCAAAUACCCCAGUAGGGGUUAUAGAAACUGAGGUCCCACGAAGCCGGUCCGCUUCAAAGCUUCCAAUUGCUGAGGUAGAUGCAUAUUUUUAUUUGCUGUUGCUAGUGAAAUUAAUCGAUGAGGGAGAUAUUAAGCGUGCAGUUAUCUGUUCCGAGUCCCUUAUGAAAAAAAUUGCAGCGCAAAAUCGUCGCACAUUAGAUUUGAUCGGAGCAAAAUCAUAUUUUUACUAUUCUCGUGUAAAUGAACUUAAUAAUUGCCUUGAAACUAUAAGAGGAUUUCUACAUGCUCGCCUACGUACAGCUACUCUGAGAAAUGACUUCGAAGGGCAAGCCGUUCUUAUCAAUUGCUUGCUUCGAAAUUACUUGCACUAUUCACUUUACGAUCAAGCUGAUAAGCUGGUAAAGAAAUCGGUAUUCCCGGUUUCUGCAAGUAACAACGAGUGGGCAAGAUUUUUGUAUUAUUUGGGACGCAUAAAAGCAGCAAAGUUGGAAUACAGCGAUGCACAUAAACAUUUGGUACAGGCGUUACGAAAAGCUCCGCAAAAUGCAGCCGUUGGAUUUAGACAAACCGUACAAAAAUUAAUUAUAGUUGUUGAGUUGCUAUUAGGAAAUAUACCUGAGCGACAAAUUUUUAGACAAGCGGCGCUCCGAAAGUCACUUGCUCCAUAUUUCCAACUUACUCAAGCUGUGCGUUUGGGUAAUCUAAAGAGAUUUGGAGAAGUAGUAGAGAACUAUGGACCGAAAUUUCAGCAAGAUCACACGUACACUCUUAUAAUUCGUCUUAGACAUAAUGUUAUAAAAACAGCGAUACGUUCUAUUGGACUUUCCUAUUCCCGUAUAUCUCCAAAUGAUAUUGCGAAACGUCUAAUGUUAGAUUCAGCUGAAGAUGCAGAAUUUAUUGUAUCUAAAGCAAUACGGGAUGGAGUUAUUGAAGCUACGCUUGAUCCCGAACAUAAUUAUAUGCGGAGCAAAGAAAGUACUGAUAUAUACAGCACACGCGAACCUCAAUUGGCAUUUCAUGAACGUAUUACAUUUUGUCUUGAUUUGCACAAUCAAAGUGUAAAAGCGAUGCGUUAUCCUCCGAAAUCCUAUGGUAAGGAUCUUGAAAGUGCUGAAGAGCGUCGGGAGCGUGAACAGCAAGAUUUAGAAUUGGCUAAAGAAAUGGCAGAGGAUGACGAAGAUGGGUUUUAAAUGUUUUUUGAACGAUAUUAAAAAGUUAACCAUCAGAGUUAUUUAAUACAAACAUAAAUACAUAUAACUUUAAUAAAAAUCGUAUUUCAAUAAAAGUUUUUAUGUAAGAAGUCUAUUAAAAAAUUUUGUUCACCACUUUCUAUAUAUGGUAUUUACGUGAGGUAUGCCUAGUAGGUACUAAGUGAGGCAUGUCGAGCACAAAAAUUCAAAAUAAUAGCAGCCAGACUAUUACAAGUUUUUAUUUGUUUUAUUCCUUUUUUGCAAAAAUGUGUGUAGUUCAUACUAUAAAAGAAACCAUAUAUGCUUGAAACUUUAUAAAAAAUUUGAAAAAAUUCAUCAACAUUUUAAGCUAUUAGUAACAAUUUUUAGUAAAAUUCUUGGUGUGUAGUUUUAUAGCCCACUCAAUUUUGGUAUAAUAUUGCGCCAGUUUGAAGUGCUUAAAAUUCACGUUGAUUUUUAUAAAUUUUUGUUAACGGUCUUAUACAUUUCUUGCAUAUGGCGAAUGCAUGAAAUUUUUUUAUGAGCCACACCAAAUUUGCACUUUGUUAUUCCAAAUUCCAUGGACUGUGAAACUGCAUAUUCGAAGUUUUUCUAAAAAAUCUGAUUAAAUAAAGAGUUUGAAAAUACCUAUGCUCAAUUUUGUACAAAGUUUGAGUCAUGGUUUUUGUUGUGGUACAAACUGUAUUUUUAUAAAAGCAAAAAUUAAUAAAAAAACAAAAAGGGAAAA